UCCGUUCAACGCUGACCGCUGUCGUCUGUCGUCCAUCUCAUGUAAAUCGGUUGUGAAUUAUUGUAAUCGGUUGCGGGUUGUAGUUGUGGGUUGCCGAAUCCACUUUUAUUAUCAAUAUUGUAAAGCAAUAGUAUAUGAAUAAUUUAAGUGUUCAUAUUAAUUCAAGUGCAUCUUUACAAUAAGGUCAAAUUGAUUUAACAGAAAAGUGGACAUAUUUAAAUAUGUCGAGUGAUACGGCGAAGAAUUUUUCAAACCUUGAGACUCCUGGGUAUGUUGGAUUUGCGAAUUUGCCUAAUCAGGUCCAUCGUAAAUCUGUAAAAAAAGGUUUUGAGUUCACACUGAUGGUUGUAGGGGAAAGUGGGUUGGGAAAAUCCACUCUUGUGAACUCUCUGUUUUUAACAGAUCUUUAUCCUGAGAGAGUUAUUCCAGACGCUACAGAGAAAUUGAAUCAGACUGUAAAACUUGAUGCAUCUACAGUAGAGAUUGAAGAGCGUGGUGUGAAACUGCGAUUGACUGUUGUUGAUACUCCUGGAUAUGGAGAUGCCAUUGAUAACACAGACUGCUUCAAAUCAAUUAUACAAUACAUUGAUGAGCAAUUUGAGAGGUUCCUUCGUGAUGAAAGCGGUCUUAAUCGACGUAACAUUGUAGACAACAGAAUUCAUUGUUGUUUCUACUUUAUAUCUCCAUUUGGACAUGGAUUGAAACCAUUGGAUAUUGAAUUUAUGAAACAAUUGCAUAACAAGGUGAACAUUGUACCCGUGAUUGCAAAGGCAGAUUGUCUUACUAAGAAAGAAGUUCAGAGGCUUAAGUCCAGGGUGAUGGAGGAAAUAGAAAGAGAGGGUAUUAAGAUAUACCCUUUGCCUGAUUGCGAUAGCGAUGAAGAUGAAGAUUACAAAGAGCAGGUUCGUCAACUUAAAGCGGCUGUUCCGUUCGCCGUAUGCGGCGCCGGACAGCAACUGGAAGUACGCGGACGCCGUGUUAGAGGUCGUCUCUAUCCGUGGGGCGUGGUCGAAGUUGAGAACCCGGAACAUUGCGACUUCAUCAAACUACGGACUAUGCUUAUAACUCAUAUGCAAGACUUGCAAGAAGUAACUCAAGAGGUUCAUUACGAGAACUAUCGCUCAGAGAGGUUGGCUAGGAACGGACAAGUACCAAAAAGACAUACAUCAACCGAAAGUGGACUUAGCGAGAACUCAAACGAUUUGGCAAAUGGUUCGACUGAAGAUGGUUCUGGACGCGACAAAGUACUCCGUGAAAAGGAAGCGGAGUUGCGUCGAAUGCAAGAGAUGCUUGAACAAAUGCAGCGUCAAAUGCAACUGCAAGCUGCCAGUACAACAACUGCAUAGUGCACGCUCCACGCACAGUUGGACAAUGGUAUGGCUGUCCGGCUGCCUGAUUCGUGUGACGUCGUCAAUUCAAUAUUACGCGCCAUCCCGUACUGUGUAACCUCCACUUAACUUCGAAUAUAAAUCAAUAAAUUUAUUAGAGAUUUAUAAAUAACCGAGGUUAGAAUGCCAAAAAUAUAUUAUAUACGACCUUUUCUAAGCUUGAAAAACGCAUUGCAAACAAAUAAUGUAAUUUCCGAAAGUUUUGUGUUUUAUGGAAACUAUGGUGAUGACUAUUAAAGUUAAAAUUAAACAUAAUAAAAAUAUGGUUUAAUAUUCAAAUAAAAAAUUAUAGGUCAAUAGAAUAAGGUUUAAUUUUCUAAGGAAAGUUCGUGAAUUUGUACUAUACCUUUGUUAUUCUAGCCUCAAAAAUAGGUUCCUAAUUAUAAGAAAUUAUAUUGCACCUUUGUGUUUAUUCGUAUUAAAUAGUGUAUUAUGUACUUUAGCUUAAGGUUUUAAUAGUGACGGACAACGUCUGGUUUCUUAAUGUCGUAAAAGCAGAUUUAAUUAUAUAGGAAAUAUUUGAUCUGACUCCUAACAAGAAUUUUCUCGAAAUGUUUUUAUUCUCAUUUUAGUGCCAUCUAUUUCAGUAUGAUUUAUUCAAGUAUUAUUUUAUUGUAUUUUAACUAUUUGACUGAAUGUGUGUAUUGUCCCAAAUUAUUUCUAAAUUUCAUGUGUCAUUCAAUGUGUCACGCUUAAUGGCGCCGCGUAUUACGUAAGCACUAUAGGAGUGGGAGGCACCUACUUAUUUGAAGAUUAAGUCAACAGUAAUUAUAUACUUUUUUUAUAUAAAUUACCCAAACAUUGUCUUUGUUUGAAAACGAAAUGCAUUUUCGAGGAUGCCUACAAAGAAUUAUACGUUUAUGUACUAUUUUGAGAGCUUCGCUGACAAGAAGUGGGGGGAUUCAUUGGGAAUUGAGAAGUCUGAAUGAAAUUUUUUUGGGAAUCUUAUAGUAGGUACUUAACUUUUGGCGAAUAUCUAUGUGACACAGAGGAGGCAUAGAAUAAUUGUAUUUUACAUUAGUAAUAUUCUAGGAUUAUUGAUAGUUUUCCAUGUGGUGCAUUUAUAGAACUUAAGACUUAUCUCUGUUUAUCAUUUAUUUACAACGUCAAUAAAGAUGACCCUAAUAAGCCAAUCUCGUCUUGGGCAAUGUCUUAUAUGAGAAAAUAUCAUAGAGAAAUUGAGUGACAGCUCUUAAAUUUAGAGAUUGACGUUGUUGUAAACGGCCUGAAUUCUACUUUGACGGACUUUGUGCAUUAUUAUACACACCUUGAUAGGGCCAAAACUAGCCAUGGUAUAGUCUCUGAUGUUUGUUAAUGCUGUUUUAUAUAUGACCUAUGCCUUACUUCAGACUUAGAGAAUGUUCAGAUAAAUCUUAGAUGUAAUUGGUGCCAAAGUUAGAAAAUUCUUAUCGAUGAAUAUCAACGAAAAAUUAAAGUCACAAUACACAACAAUGUAGUAAAAUUGUAAUGAUUAUUAAUAAUCAAAUAUAAUGUAAAACUAUGUAUGUAAUCAUAUUUUUUAUAAUAAAAUACUUAUAUUGACAA